AUGGGCGUCGCCAAGAAGACUCGCAAGUUCGCGCAGGCAAGUCCUCAGAAAACAAUACUGUAUACCCAGCACUAUAUUAACUCAAGCAACGAACAACAGGUCAAACGCGCCAUCAGCCAGCGAGACAACCGCGUCAAGCAGCCCUUGAACGCCAAGAAAGAAGAGAAGAAGCCCCAAGGCGAAGAACUUACCCGACACAUCCCCGUCGCACCAUCAAACAUGUUCUUCGCCGCCAACACCGCCCUGGGUCCUCCCUACACCGUGCUCGUGGAUACCAACUUUGUCUCGCACACGAUCCGCGCGAAACUGGACAUGCUCCCGGCUAUGAUGGAUCUGCUGUAUGCCAAGUGCAUCCCGACCUUCACAGACUGCACCAUUGCCGAAUUGGAGAAGCUGGGCCCGAAGUUUCGGCUGGCGCUGAGGGUUGCAAAGGAUCCGAGAUGGAAUAGACUGCAUUGUGAUCACGCUGGUACUUAUGCUGAUGACUGCAUUGUUGACCGGGUAAGGCUGCUUUCCCCCCCCCCUCCUCUGGGUGUCAUGGUUUGCAAGCGAUUUCUAAUCUUCGAUUCGGGGUUACAGAUUAUGAAGCACAGAAUCUACACCGUCGCUACGAACGAUAAGGACCUUGUGCGGCGCAUCCGCAAGAUACCCGGUGUGCCAAUUAUGAAGGUUGCCAGAGGCAAAUACGUUAUCGAGCGGCUACCUGACAGCUUCGACUGA